AUGUCGAUGCCGGAUGAAACUGCAAACAAAAUGGCGCAACUCAAGCGAAAACGGAAAACUAUUCGCGUUACGUCUAUUAAUAACGUUGAUAUUAUAACUCCCAAAUUUACUCAUCUACAAACUGCUCGAGUAUAUGUAAUUGGCCCAACUGGUAAAACAAAAGUAACGCGGUGUCUCUUAGACGGUGGGAGUCAGUCUAGCUUCAUUCAUCCUAAUUUGAUCGACUUCCUGCAACUGGAAAUCACUGGCUCAGAAAAAUUGAACCUUCAAGCAUUCGAAUACAUUUUAACAAACACUGAAACGAGACGGAAGGUCAAAUUUAUCUGGUCAAGUAUUUGGAGCAACUCAAAAAUAAAUAUACAAGCAUUUGAAAGUUCAAAUACUUAUGCCUUUCAUCCAUCUACUCCCCAACCUGUCUCUUCUUUUGCUCAUAGUCAAAAGUUGAAACUUGCUGAUCCAUCAGACAGCUUAAACGACUUACCAAUAGAAAUUCUGAUAGGUGCUGAUUUUUAUUGGACUAUAGUGCAUACUAAAUCUCCUAUUAGACUUUCUGCGACUCAUGUGUUAAUACCUACAGUAUUUGGAUGGAUUCUUUCCGGCAACCGUUCGUUCACUACAAAAGCAUAUUCUUCUGUUUCUUCAGUUCUCAACAUUAGCUCAGAAACUUUGGUACGUGAUGUGGACGACCACGUGAGACGAUUUUGGGACUUGGAAACAAUUGGCAUUAAAACUAUGCAAGACAAAGGGAUGACUAUUCGUAAUUCUGAAAUUUUAAGUGAUUUUCACAAUUUAUUUUGCAAAGUUGAUGGCCGCCGUGUUGUAAAGUUACCAUGGAAACCAGAGGUGAUUCUUUCAUCGAAUAAUUACGAAAUAGCACUCAAACAAUUUCAAAUACUCCGUAACAAACUCUUUACUCAUUCAGACUUAAGAGAUAUUUAUACAGAACAGAUGCAAAAUUAUAUCGAUAACCAACAUGUUGAACUUGCCGAUAAUAGUCCUUGCAACGAAUCAAAACUAUUUUACUUGCCUCAUCAUAUAGUGAAAAAAACAAAAGAAUGGCGAAUUGUAUUUGACGCUUCUUCUCAUACACCAGGACAUCCUUCCUUAAAUGAUGCUCUUGAGCAGGGUCCGAAUUUGCUUCCAGAAAUAUUUGCAACAUUGUUACGAUUUCGACUUCACAAAUUCGCAAUCACGAGCGACGGACGUCAAGCAUUCUUGCAACUUAUUUUGGAUGAAGAGGAUAGAAAUUGUACUAGGUUCCUGUGGUUUAGAACAGAAAAGGAUGCAAACGGAAAAAUACAUUUGCUAAAUGAAAUACUUACUUAUCGUUUUUCACGUUUACCUUUUGGAUUGACUUCUAGUCCCUUUUUGCUUUCUGCCACUCUUCGGGAAUUAGCUAAUAUGCACUCUGAUUCCUACCCUACUGCAGCUAAACACCUGGAGAAUAAUAUUUUCAUGGACGACUUUGUUAUGGGAGUGGAUACUGCUGAACAAGCAACAACUCUUUAUCAAGAAAUGCAAGAUUUAAUGACACAAAUAGGUUUACCUCUGGCUAAAUGGAGUACAAACUCCAAGAACCUACAGGCUAUUUGGGAACUAAUGGAUAUCAUCUUUAAAUGCAAUACGCAAGUAUUAGAAAUUAAUUGGAAUACCAAAGAAGACGUGUUUCAUACAGAUAUAAACGAAAGUGUUUAUCAGUUUGCUGUUCCUGCAACAAAACGUUUACUUCUUAAAAUUGUAUCAAAGUUGUAUGAUCCUUUAGGCCUCUAUGUACCAGCAGUAGUAGUUGGAAAAAUUCUUUUUCAAACCACGUGGCUCAUGGGAGUUCAAUGGGACGAAAUUCUUCCUCCAGACAUUGCCGCAAGCUUUAACAGAUGGGUAUCUGAAAUAUCAUCUUUAAACAAGAUACAUAUUCCUCGCUGGAUUGGAAUUUCUGCUACUUCUCACAUGAGUAUCCAUGUCUUUUGCGAUGCUUCGGAAAAGGCCUAUGGUGCCGCAUUAUACAUUUGUUUCACUGAGCUUAACGAAACAAAGGUUCGCCUAGUUUGCAGUCGCAAAAGACUUUCUCCACUUAAAAAGGUGACACUUCCACGGUUAGUGCUUUUGGCAGCCUUACUAGGAGCUCGUUUACUUCACUAUUUUUGCAAGGAAACUGGUUUAGAUAAUCAAACAUCAACACUUUGGAGUGAUUCAACUGUUGUAUUAAAUUGGAUGAGAAAUGGUCCUAAUCGAUGGCCGGGAUGGAAGAAUUCGAACCUGCAUCCUUCGUGUCAAUGGGAAGGAGAUUACCCGUCCAAUUCAACUGGUCAUACCUCUAGAGGUUGA